UCAGCGUGGUCAGUGCCGAGUGGAGGCAAACGGAGAAACGUCAGUUGAGCUGUUAAAGAUAUAUUUUUCACAAGUUUUUGUAAACAGGCUCUAUUAGACUGGCAGAAGCAGUAUAGAGCUCCAACCACAUUGUUCAAUGUGAUGUGAAACAUGAGAGUUACCAUAAAAAGUUGGACAGGUGUAGCCACUUGGCGUUGGAUAGCAAACGACGACAAUUGCGGCAUCUGCCGAAUGCCGUUCGAUGCUAGCUGCCCAGACUGCAAGAUCCCCGGUGACGAUUGCCCUUUAGUGUGGGGCCAGUGUUCGCAUUGUUUUCACAUUCAUUGCAUAAUGAAGUGGCUGCAUUCGCAGCAAACUAGUCAUCUCUGUCCGAUGUGCCGUCAGGAGUGGAAGUUCAAGGAGUAAAAUCGAGCCAAAGGUGAGAAAGAAAUCGAAUGCACAUCACCCAAACGUUCGAUGAAUCAUUUCUCCCACCACUGUUCCGUAGCUCCUGAAAAUUGACGCACGUGUUCCAAUUCGGCGCUUCGAAAACCUCAACGCAGUUCCUAUUAUGGUGUUUCAUUACGUUAAAGAAUUCUCAUAUCUUAUCUUAUCUCUGUGUAGUUCGUAGAUCCGAAAACUAAUUUUCAUUAAAAGUGUGGUUGAAAAAAAAACAAAAAAAA